UCCCCGCCUGGGGCGCUUUACCGCCGCCUGCCCCAAGCAAACGUGGGCGCUUAUGUUCGCGUAAUUACGGGGCCCUAUGCGUGCGCGCCUGGCGCAGCACUUACGCAGUCCCUGGGUCACGUGACGUUUGUCAUGGCCGCCUCCAUGGCUCGAGGAGGCGUGAACGCGAAAGUUCUGCUGCGGGCUCCAAGGGGCAUUUGGUGGAGGAGACCUGGGGUCUGUUCGGGGUCCGGGGAGACGGCAACGCUGGCGAUAACCAGAAAAUUCCGGGAGACAGGCUCGCGCCCGACGGGAGAGGUGGAAGCCGGCGUCCCUGAGCGGCCUGGGGACGUAGUGAAUGUGGUGUUUGUUGACCGGUCAGGCCAGCGGAUUCCAGUGAGCGGCAAAGUCGGGGACAAUGUUCUCCACCUGGCCCAGCGCCACGGGGUGGACCUGGAAGGGGCCUGUGAAGCCUCCCUAGCAUGUUCCACCUGCCAUGUGUAUGUGAGCAAGGACCACCUGGACCUUCUGCCGCCUCCUGAGGAGAGGGAAGAUGACAUGCUGGACAUGGCCCCCCUCCUGCAGGAGAAUUCCCGGCUGGGCUGCCAGAUCAUACUGACACCGGAGCUGGAAGGGGCAGAAUUUACCCUGCCCAAGAUCACCAGGAACUUCUACGUGGAUGGCCAUGUCCCCAAGCCCCACUGACAAGGAAAGCUGUAUGGUCCCAUGCUGGCAUGGUGCUGAGGGGCUGGACUGAAGGAUUAGCCAAACUGCCAGACCCAGCCCAGAGCACUGGAAGGCUGGAGAGAGAUGCAGGAAGCCUUCGAAAAGGCCGAAGCCCCUGCUUGGGAGAGAUCUCAUCGCUAUGCCAUGCUCUUGUGGGGCUAGGGCCCCUGCUGUGGCGGCUCCCCCAAACCCCUAAGAAACGGGGUGCUAAAAGGGGCAGACUUAAAUUGGAGCUGCAAUAAACCUGUCUCAUAGACUUCCAUUAUGUCGAGUGUCCUUGGGGGGCAGAUGCAACUGCAUAUGCUGACCUGCCCCUUCUUCCCAGUGAUUAGUAAUGGGGCCUCCUGUAGAGGAG